GAAUUCAUUCAGACGUCGCGUCGGCAACACGCGCGCUGCUCCCCCUAGCGAAAAAAACACACACACAAAACACACAAAAACCGAACACCCAAAUCCAACUCACAAAAAUUCGUAAUAAAAUAAUACGCGCAGCGCGUUCGCACCGCAGGCGUACAAGUUAUAGAAAAUCAAAGUGAAUAAUCCAAGAGAAAUAAUAUCUGAGAGAUAAACCAAGGGCCAUCCAAACCAUCCAUCCCCAAUGGCCGCUACAACACGUGUGUGCUAUUCACCCAAGUGAUCCAAAAGCAAAUUCCCCCCCACAAAUCCAAAUAAAACAAAAAAAAACAGGAGAACUUCAGCGGAAGCGUAAACCCCCCAAAACAAUAACGAAUCACAGCAAAAAAGCAUUCCAGAUGUUGUCCUGCCUGGCGCCGUCGUCUACACGUUUUGGCCAAGAGGAUAACAGCAUCAUACAGCAGAGCAUGCCAUCGUCCACAGCCUUCACAAUGCAGUUUCCCUCUUUGGCUUCCAGUCUGCACCACCACCAGGCACCGCACAGCAAGCCGAGCAAUGGCUCCGGCGUUGGCAGCCAGGAGCAGCACGCACAGCCAGGUGUCUCCGUUGAUGAUUUCCUGGUCAAGUGCACGCAGUGCCACAAACGCUUCACAGAGUUUCAGUCCCUCAGCGAACACAUUGCCAGCGAGCAUCCGCACGAUAAGCUGAACUUUGAGGCGAGUCGCGGCUCCAGCGGCGCUGUGCAGCCGGAGAGCGAUGCCGAGGAUGAGCAGAGCAAUCUGAGUGGCAGCCGCUAUGCCAAGUCCCCUGCGACCAACACCACCACCCAUGCCAACCCCAGCAACAACAACAACAGCGAUCUGGCCAAGAACCACAACAACAACAACAACAACAGCAACAGCAGUAAGCUCUCACCCAUGUGCUCGCCCGGAUCGGGGGGUCCCGCCGCAGAUCUCUUUGCCCACCUCUCACACGGAACCCCGCCCCAGCUGCCACCCCACCUGCACGCUCAGUUCAUGGCUGCCGCCGCUUUGGCCAUGCAAUCGGCACGCUCCGUCAGCUCCUCCGCCAGUUCGCCCAACAGUCACCAUCACCAGCAGCAGUCGCACCACCACCAGCAACAGCAACAGCACCACCAGCAGCAGCAUCAGCACCUCCUCCAGCAACAGCAACAGUCGCAGCAGCAACAGCAGCAGCAGCAGAUGGCCAUGCAGCAGCUGCUGCCGCCACAGCUACCGGGGAGCAACAGCAGCGUGGGCAGCAAUUCCGCCUACGAUCUGGAUCUGAGUGCCCCACGAUCCACCUCCAGUCCGGGCUCCACCACGGGCGACCUGAGCGGCGCCUACCCCUGCAUGCAAUGCACCGCCGCCUUCAGCAGUCGCGAGCAGCUGGAGCAGCACGAGCUCCUCCACUCGCCCACUGGGGGCCAGCCUACGGCACAAAAUGUCUCUCAGACUUGCCGUAUCUGCCACAAAGCCUUCGCGAAUGUCUACCGCCUGCAACGGCACAUGAUCAGCCACGAUGAGUCGGCGCUGCUACGAAAAUUCAAGUGCAAGGAGUGCGACAAGGCGUUCAAGUUCAAGCACCACCUGAAGGAGCAUGUGCGCAUCCAUUCCGGCGAGAAGCCCUUCGGCUGCGACAACUGCGGCAAGCGUUUCUCGCACUCUGGCAGCUUCUCCUCCCACAUGACCUCCAAGAAGUGCAUCAGCAUGGGCCUGAAGCUAAACAACAAUCGGGCGCUGCUCAAGCGCCUGGAGAAGAGUCCUGGCUCCGGGCCCCGCCGUUCGCCUUCGGACCUGCAAGGCCCCAAAAACGGUGCCGGAAAGAUGUCUGAUCAGCAGUCCCUGCCUCCACUGCCCAAUCCCAUGAUCUACUUUGCCGGCGAGGCACAAGCGCAGGCUGCGGCCGCUAAUGGAGCCCCUCCACCGUUCUACCCUAACUACAUGAAUGCUGCCCUGCUGGCCUUCCCCAAUCCCUUCAUGGCAGCGGCCCUGGACCCCCGCGUCCACCCCUACAGCAUACAGCGGCUCCUGGAGCUGACGGCCGCCGGACAACAGCAGCAACAACAACAGCAGCAGCAGCGCGAGGAACGCGAGGAGCGGGAGCAGCACGAAGAGCCUGCGACGCCGGAGGAGCCAAAGCUGGUCAUGGACAUCGACGAGGCUGAGGCCAAGGAGCGUUUGGUGCCACAGGCGAGCCCGCAAACCAUGCCAGAGGAGAUUGAACCGGUUGUUGCCGUGGCCACAACUCCCAUCAAGCAGGAGACCAGCCGAGAGCCCACCCCACUCCCGGAGAGUGCACCGCCUUCGCCCAAGUCAUUUAAGCAAGAGCAGGAGGAGCCUCGCUCCCUGGAGGAGGAUCAGCCCAUGGAAUCGACUCAACCUGAAGCAACUGCCUCUUCCCCCAACAAUACCCCCGUCGAGCUGCGGUGCAGUCGAUGCGACAAGCAGUUCAAUCACCACACAGAGCUGGUGCAGCACGAGAAGGUUCUCUGCGGCCUGAUCAAGGAGGAGCUGGAGCAGCACUACCACCAGCAGCAGCACCAACAGCAGCAGCACCAACAGCUACAGCAGCAUGAACAACUCCAGCAUCAGCAGCAGCAGGCAUCCUUUGCGCUGCCCUCUGCCAGCGAGGAUGACGACGAGGAGGAGGAGCGCGAGAACGACAAUGACGCAGAGCAGCGUCCAGACAGCAACGAGCGCAAGGUGCGCGUCCGCACGGCCAUUAACGAGGAGCAGCAGCAGCAGCUGAAGCAGCACUACGCGCUCAAUGCGCGGCCGAGUCGCGACGAGUUCCGAAUGAUUGCCGCCCGCCUCCAGUUGGAUCCACGCGUGGUCCAGGUAUGGUUCCAAAACAAUCGCUCACGAGAGCGAAAGAUGCAGAGCUAUGCGAGUGUCCACACGACAGCCCCAGCCACCAACGAAGUGCCCACCACUCCGGUUUCCAGCCGUCCCACAACCGAGGAUCAGCCCCUGGAUCUGUCCGUGAAGCGUGACUCCUUGACGCCCAAGAGCGACCACUCCGCCGUGUACGGAUUGCCCCAGCAACAGGCUGCCGGACAGCCAGCACCCGCCGACUUCCAGGAGGCCAUCAACCUGAGCCGCAAGUUCUCCAGUUCGGCCUCCAUGUCGCCAGCCUCGCUUUCGCCCUCGUCGGGUGCCUCUCUGCAGCAAUCCUCUGCAGCUGCCGCCGCCGCAGCUGCAGCGCUCUGGCCAUUUGGCGGCCCGCCUCCGUCGCCGCCCAGCCAGCACGAGGCCACGUCCGCCCAGCACUGCUCUACGCCGCGCGGUGGCCAGGCCUUCCCUGGACUCCAGUACAUGCUGCCAAUGCAGCGACUGCCCAUGGAGGCGCUCUUCCAGAUGCGCCCUGGCGGCGAGUACGCCCCCAAUCCCCUGAUGAACAGUAUUAAGAUGCCCGACUUCCGUGGCACCAGCCUCAGUCCGGGCGGCUCCGAGAAGCGCUCCUGGCGUGACGAUGACUCGCGCAUCUCCCACGAGGACGACUUUGGCAACGGCCUGAUGCCGCCCAAGCCACGCCGAGGCAAGGCCGAAACCCACGGGCAUGCCGGGGAUCCGGAUCUGCCAUUCGUCUGCGACCAGUGCGAUAAGGCUUUUGCCAAGCAGAGCUCCCUGGCGAGGCACAAGUACGAGCAUUCCGGUCAACGACCCUACCAGUGCAUGGACUGCCCGAAGGCCUUCAAGCACAAGCAUCACCUGACGGAGCACAAGCGUCUGCAUAGCGGGGAGAAGCCCUUUCAGUGCUCCAAGUGCCUGAAGCGCUUCUCCCAUUCGGGAAGCUACAGCCAGCACAUGAACCACCGCUACUCCUACUGCAAGCCAUACAGGGAAUAGGUAAGCGACACCUCAGUGCCGCCCACCUGCGCCUCAGCAGCCGCCUCAGGAACGGGGCCACCGGCGCCCAGCGGUCGCCGUGGUCGCGGCCAGUCAACCGCCGCCCGUUCCCAGGCCAGCAGCAGCACUUACCCGCCGCAUCCACAUCCGCACCAGCAUCCACAUCAGCACCAGCAUCAGCAUCCACUGGCGGCUAUGGCCGCCUUUCAGCAGCAACAGCAAAGGAUGCACCAACAGCAGCAACAGCAUCAGCGUCUGUCCUGGCCACCGUCCGUGCCUGGUGCUGGAGUGAUGCUGCCACCACCAUCCAAUCAACAACAACAGCAGCAGCAACAGCGUCCCACGGCGCCGCCACCACCUCUGCUUUCGGGCUCAGGAUUUGGGCAGCCGCCACCGCAGUUCUUUCACCAUGCCGGCCUGCUGCCACCGCCUCCACCACCAGCCCCAACAUCGGGGGCGGGAAAUGUGCGAUUCGCUGCACCACCAACGCCGCCCUCGGGCGUUCCGUCCCACGGCGCCUUUGAUUUCUUCAAUGCCAAAAUGUUGCUACACUAGGCACGCGCGGUGGGUGUCUUUGCUAGCCGCGAAACGGUAGUGGCGACGGGUGCGUGUCCCGGCUUCAACCUACAAUAACCGCUAAAUGUGAACGAUAACAGUGGUCGUUAACAGUGCACUUACAUGCUGUACUUAAGAAAAACAGAAACAAAAAACCGAAAUGAAACAGAAAUCUCAAAAAUGUGCAGGAACACGUAGAAGGAGAUAGAGUGCACCCUAGACAGAGACAGAGCGAUAGAUGAGAUAUUUUUUAUAGAAAUAUAAACGAAAAGAAGGAAGAAGGAGGAAAGGAGAGAGCUUGAUCGAAUCCAAGAAGAGCAGGAGGAGAAGAAACCUUUCGUUGGAGCGAAUUUAUUAUUAUUAUUUUACAAUGUUGCAUCCAUUUUGUUUUUAGUAUUUGCUUAGUUUAACAUCAUUUUGUUUUUAGUUUACCGCCUAAGUUCUGGCCAGUUUUUGGCCAGUGCCCAAACCCAACCCCAUCCCGAACUCCCUGCCCCAUUUGAUAUACAUGCAUAGAGUGUAUCUAUAUUUUUGUAUACUAUAUUUAUGUAUAGUUUCCCCAGUACCAAGUACUGCAGAAUACUCAGAAGUACUUUAGUUUCCACUCCUUGAUGGAAUAAAUGUUUAUUUCUUAUAGUUUUUACAUCGGUUUAUAUCGUUUAUGUUUAAGCGUUCGAGCCAGGAUGGGUUACCUACCAUUUGCAUUCAAUUCCUCAAAAAAACACACAGAAAACUUCCGGACCAAACAAACAGAUUAUGAACCACAGACAAUAUCCCCGAGGACUCAAAAGUAUUACCCCCAGCGUGAAAACUGUAUUAAAGACCCUAAGAACCCUCCCCUCUUCAGAUGGAAAACCCACCGCUUGCAGCGCGUUUCAAGCUCUUCUACUUAAGGCAUACCACCCCCUAUUAUAAUCCUCUCGAAUUACGCUUCUAACCCGCCACCACCACCGCUCGAAUCAUCGAUACAGAGAGAGGUUGAGAGAGAACACACCUACUAGAUCAUUCCAUUCGGCCAGAGGUGAGGCUCCCACACUCGAAGGGGGUCUCUCUCAUGGGUCGCCUCAUGCAUUUAGGCCUUCUGCCGGGCUGCUGCUAAAGAACACCCCACUAAAACUACAACUAAAACUAAAGCUAACUCUAAACUAAACCACAACUAAUAUUUAAUAUAUAUACGAACCUAAACCUAAACCUACAACUAAAGUUAAACGAAAACAAAAAGUUAAUUUGGCCUUAUUAAAGAUUAUUUAACAAUUAAAACAUUUAAAAAGUUUAGCCUGUAAAAUAAGAAGAAAAAACCAAAAACCUUUGGAAAAGUCUCGCAGAAAAGUAGUAGGAAAAUUCCAAGAAAAACCAAAAUAAGAUUAACCAUAAAAAAGUGUUUGCCAUGACAAUAAAUUUAUAUAAUGUAAAAGAUAAUGCUUUCGAUUCUAGCUCAAAUUUCAACUUCAAUUCUAAUCGUUUUCCACCUCAGCCUGCGCCUCCGCACAAAUAUAAUUCUAUAAUUACGUAAUCCAACACAAAUAUGUACACAAAAAAGGUUUCCCAAACAACGAACAUUUUCUUUGUCCUAGGAUUUUCUUGCUUUUCCACAGACCUCCCCAAACAAAAAAAAUGAGAACAAGAAGAACUCACAAAAAAAUGCAUUUAAUACUUAAUUCAUUUUUAUAUAUUUGUAUUUUAACUGAAGGAUCGAUCGGUGGCAGGAUCGAAGGAUAUAUAUAUAUAUAUGUGUAUAUACAUAUAUUUUUUGUAAAUUAUUUCGCCAAAACACAAAGCUAGAGAAUCCAAAAAACAAAACCCAAAACAAAGCGCAGAUUUCGGAAAUGAAAACAGAGCCCGCAAAAGUUUUAGCAUAAAUUUAACAAUAAUUACUAUUACUACCAAUGAAUACUUAGCCUAGUUAAAGCCCCCCAACUUCCCCUUACUCCCACGCCCUUAACAAGAACAAAAUGUUAACUUAAAAAUUUAAACUAAAGAAACGAAAAAAAAAAACUUACUUUUAAGCGCAAAUAUUUUGUGGUUUGUGAUGGGAGUCGACGGAUAUUUGCACUCUAGGGCCUUAUAUGAGAUACACAAAACACACACGAUUGUUAGUUAUUUAAAGGAUAAUGGAUAAACACUUAAUGGAAAGGAUUGAGAGCCUUGCAUCGUUUUUACUAUAUACCUAUAUGUUCCAAACUACUACCUUGUUUUCUACUUCCCCAACUAUCCCCCAAAGAACACUCUCUGUUAAAGUUGUUUCACCCUCAAACACACACACACUCUUUAUGUAAAUAAGCCACAGAUAUAGUAUAUACAGAUAUAUAUAUGUAUAUGUAUGUGUAGGAUAUAUACGGAGCAGAAAGCAGUCGAAUGUAUUAUUUGUUUUAUUUGUAUGUUCAACAAUAGAGCGAUCCCUAAAUUAAGCGAAAGCCAAGCCUAAGCAUCAAAUGUUCAUUUUUUAAUUGCUCUACAGAGAACACCCGCUAAAAGAAACACCCAAGAAAAGAAUACACUAAAAGAGAGUUGAAAGAGAUAGAUAGAGAGAGAUAACGAUUCAGAUAACUUAUAUUUCAAAUAUUACGCAUAAAUGUAUUUUAAUCAAAGUAAGCAAACAAAAACGAACGAUUCAAUGAUUCAAUGGAUAAAAAACAUGCAUUCAUAUAAAUGAAUAAAACCUUUUUGUCUUGAUACAUUUACAAAAAAA